CAGCAUGCAGUUUGCUUUUCCCCCAUGUGGAUGAUGUUACGAAACGAAUGUUGAUGCAUUUGGUGCAGCUGUGUAAAUGUCUUUAUUUAAGGGGCUAAAUUAUGAGCACUUUGUUGCCGGAAUCAGUGGUGGUGUUCUUUCUACAUUGGUUCUACAUCCGUUUGAUCUACUCAAAAUUAGACUACAAGUAAAUGAUGGAAUGCAUGUGCGACCUACAUAUACUGGUUUUGUUCAAGCCUUUCAAUCAGUUGUGAAAACUCAAGGAUUCUUUGGUUUGUACCAGGGAGUGACACCCAAUAUAUGGGGAGCUGGAGCAUCAUGGGGGUUCUAUUUUUUCUUUUAUAAUGCUAUCAAAAACUAUAUGCAAGGGGAUGAAGGAAAAUCACUUGGUCCAGGACAUCACAUGUUAGCUGCUGCCCAAUCAGGAGUAGUGACAUUAUUUAUAACGAAUCCAAUUUGGGUGGUAAAGACACGUUUAUGUCUGCAAUAUGAUGGUGUUAGAAAGACAGGUGUUUUGGAUGCAGGGGCCUACAGGGGAAUGCUAGAUGGUCUCCUAAAGAUCUACCGUUUCGAAGGUUUAGGAGGUUUAUACAAGGGACUUCUACCAGGCCUCUUUGGAGUAUCCCAUGGUGCUUUGCAGUUCAUGGCAUAUGAAGAACUAAAAAAAAGUUAUGCUUUAUAUAAAGGUCACGAUGUCAAUACUCUUCAAAACCCGCUCGAGUACAUUGCUUUCGCUGCGUUAUCCAAGAUGUUUGCUGUGGUUACAACCUACCCAUACCAGGUGGUACGGUCCAGACUUCAAGACCGCCAUACCACUUACUCAGGAACUCUAGAUGCAAUACGUACAACAUACAGAAAUGAGAGUUGGAGAGGUUUUUACAAGGGAAUGCUUCCCAACAUACUGAGAGUCACUCCGGCUUGCUGUAUAACUUUUGUAGUGUAUGAGAAUAUGACAUAUUAUCUUAAGAACAGAUAGAUAGCUGACGCAGUUAGGUAGGAAUUUACAAUGAAGAACAUGCUGGCUACGGACAAUUUUAAGGGAAAACAGAGUACCAAGGUUGGGCUUUUAAGACGAUACAGAUGAUGGACGUCAUCAUAUAAGGGGCUUGACAUUUUAAAACCAGCAACAGCGACUAAAAAAAUGGAAAUUUACUUUUUAAUACAUUCUUAUUCUCCACAUUGUAAGCUUUAGAAUGAUGGGUAAAUUACGAGUGUUAUGGCUUCUUUGUACCAACAGUACAUAAUACUGUAACAUUCUAAUAUGCUAAGUACUCAUUUUAAUAUUUAGCAACAGUAUUUUGGUUUUGGUAUGGCAAGCCUCAUAUCAUUCAUAUUUAUAUUCAUUUUGAGUACCUUGGAGAUAACAAUUUUAACCCAAAAAUGCGCAUCAUAUCUUAGCAAGCUUUAAUAAAAUGCAAUGAUUGAGAUAAACAAUAUAAUAUAGGUAUAUAAUUAUUCAAAGAAUUUCUUCUGGUCUAAUUUUAUAUAUUUAUUGCUGCAUAAUUGUAUGGUAUGUAUUUUAGAAUUUGAAUUUCUUCACGGUACACUUUUGCAUUGGAUUGUAAUAGCAAUAAUAAGGGGAGUCACAUGAUGAAAUGUGACUUUACAAUAAUAAAGUAACUUUGAAGUUUGGUUUUUUGUAGAAGCAUAAAUACGUAUUGUUAUCAAUGCUGCAAUGUUAUUAUCUGGCAUACCUCACAAAUGUUAUAAUAAUGUUUGGUGUUGUUUGCAUUUGUUCUGUAUCUAAGAGGAAAAUAAUCAAAUCUCUGUUAGUACAAUACAGGAAUAUUUUUUUUAAAGCUAAACCUUGAAACAGAAUAAUGAAGUUUUUGGCACAACCUUGAGGUUGGGAUUUUGAAAUCUUAGCUGUGCAAGUUGCUUGUGUUUUUAACCAAGACACUGUUUGUCUCUCUCUACCAAGGAUUAAAAAUGGGUACCUGCAUAUGGGAAGGUAAAACAGAUUUGCACAAUGUGGCCCAAACGAGAGAAGGGGCCUGCAAGCCUAGAGCUCCAGGUUUUGACCUUUACCUUAAUGCAGAACCAUGUUUGCCUGACAUUUGAUCAUCCACAAGAUGUUCAGAUAUUAUUGGGAAAGAAAGUUGCAAAGGAUUGUUAGAUGUCUUGAAUGUGCAUGGUUUACCAAGAUAGUAAUACGUGCACAUUGUCUUCUUAAAUUAAUAUUAAAUCAUAUUAAUUCAAUGUAAAAGUUUAAAGAAUAAAAACACCUUUUAUAUAGACAUAAUUACUGCUUUAGCCAUCAUUUUGUAAGUCAAUAUUGCAUCAAAAAAGAGGUUUGAGUUUAAUUAUGAA